AUGUAUGGUAGUGCCCGCUCUGUUGGCAGAGGGGAUGCCAACCAUAGUGGAGCGAGGGAUGGAGGGGGUGCUGGGAAUCAGGGAUCUGGUCGUUCCCCCCGCCUGCCGCGCUCUCCUCGGAUGGGGCAUCGCCGCACCAACAGCACGGGAGGCAGUGGGGGGGGUGCCGGAGGAGCGGGAGGCAAGACGCUCUCCAUGGAGAACAUCCAGUCCCUCAACGCUGCUUAUGCCACCUCAGGCCCGAUGUACCUUAGUGACAAUGAGGUUGCAAUGCCAGGUGACCAUCUCCUCAAAAGUGGAGGGACCGUGACGACCAUGGGGAGGCAGAGAGUCACGUAUGGGUCAAGGGGCAGCAGCAGUGGGGUUGUGGCUGCGAGCACUCCGAACAUCUCCACCUCAGUGCCGGCCAAUGCUGUUCUGCCCGCAGGCAUGAUGGCAGGGGAUGCUCUAGCGUUCGGGGACCACCACAUGGCCUCCACGGUGCCGCAUUCUCUGAGGCAGGCCAGGGACAACACCAUACUCGACCUGCAGGCCCAACUCAAAGAGGUGCUGCGUGAGAAUGAGAUGCUGCGGCGGGAGGUAGAAGUUAAGGAGAGCAAGCUCAGUUCCUCCAUGAAUUCUAUCAAGACCUUCUGGAGUCCGGAGUUAAAAAAGGAGCGAGCUCUUAGGAAAGAUGAGGUUUCUAAGAUUUCUGUUUGGAAAGAACAAUACCGCGUGAUUCAAGACGAAGCACAACAUCUGCAGAUGACUGUUCAGGCUCUUCAGGAUGAGUUGAGAAUCCAGAGAGACCUCAACCAGCUGUUCCAGCAAGAUCCCGCCAGCCAAAGCCGGGACCUGGCCCUGACAUCCGAACCCACUGAGGAGAACUACCGGCGGCUGCAGGCCGAGCACGAGAGGCAGGCCAAGGAGCUGUUCCUCCUUAGAAAGACCCUGGAGGAGAUGGAGCUGCGGAUCGACACGCAGAAGCAAACACUCUCAGCCAGAGAUGAAUCCAUCAAGAAACUCCUGGAGAUGCUGCAGAGCAAAGGGCCGUCUGCCAAGGCAUCUGAGGAGGACCAGGAGCGGACGAGGAGACUGGCUGAUGCAGAGAUGCACAGGCAUCACCUUGAGAGUUUAUUGGACCAGAGAGACCGAGAGAUUACAGCACUGAGAGAGGAGUUGCAUCGUCGAUAUGAGGGAGCCCCUGAGUCCACCAAAACCACGGCUCUGCAGACUGUCAUCGACAUGAAGGAUGCAAAAAUCGGCUCCAUGGAGCGUAGUCUGAGGGACAUGGAGGAGGAGCUGCUAAUGCUGAAAUCCAAUGGACUUCUGAGCUGUGAGGAGCGUCAGGAGGAGAUGAAACAGAUGGAGGUUUACCGCAGCCAUACCAAGUUUAUGAAGAACAAGAUGGAGCAGGUGAAGCAGGAUCUCUCCAGGAAGGACACCGAGCUGCUUGGUUUGCAGACCAAGUUAGAGACACUGACCAACCAGUUCUCAGACAGCAAGCAGCACAUCGAAGUCCUGAAAGAGUCCCUCACUGCCAAGGAACAGCGAGCUGCCAUUUUACAGACAGAGGUCGACGCUUUGCGUCUGCGCUUGGAAGAAAAGGAGACAACUUUAAAUAAAAAGAGCAAACAGAUACAAGAAAUAUCAGAGGAGAAGGGAACGCUCAACGGAGAGAUCCACGACCUCAAGGAUAUGCUGGAGGUCAAGGAGCGGAAAGUUAAUGUGCUGCAGAAAAAGAUUGAGAACCUGCAAGAACAGCUGAGGGACAAGGAGAAGCAGAUGAGCAGCCUGAAGGAGAGAGUAAAGUCUUUGCAGGCAGACACAUCCAACACUGACACUGCUCUCACUACACUGGAGGAGUCUCUUGCAGAAAAGGAGCGCAUCAUUGAGCGUCUAAAGGAGCAGCGGGAUCGAGACGACCGGGAGAAGACGGAAGAGCUCGACUGCACCAGGAAGGAACUGAAAGAGUUGAAGGAGAGGCUGAGCCUACUGCAGGGAGACCUGUCAGACAGAGAGACCUCGCUUUUGGACCUGAAGGAGCAUGCAUCGUCCCUGGCCUCCUCAGGGCUGAAGAAGGACUCCAAACUGAAGAGUCUGGAGAUCUCCUUGGAGCAGAAAAGGGAGGAGUGCCUCAAACUGGAGAACCAGCUCAAGAGAGCUCAAAAUGCCGCCCUGGAGGCUCAGGCCAACACCGAGCUGGUCGAGCGCAUUAAGGCCCUUGAACAGGAAGUCGCCCGCUAUAAAGAGGAUUCUGGGAAGGCGCAGGCCGAGGUGGACCGCCUGCUGGAGAUUCUUCGUGAAAUGGAGAAUGAGAAGAACGACAAAGACAAAAAGAUUAGUGACCUGGAGAGUAUGGCCUCCAGGCAGAUGAAGGACCAGACGAAGAAGGUGGCAUCUCUAAAACACAAGGAGCAGGUGGAGAAGAGCAGGAACGCUAGACUGAUGGAAGAGGCCAGAAAGAGGGAGGACAACAUGUCUGAGACGUCACAGCAGGUGAAGGACUCGCUGCGUCAGAAGACGGAGCGUAUAGAAGAGCUGGAGGAGGCCCUGAGAGAGAGCGUGCAGAUCACCGCUGAGCGAGAGAUGGUGCUUGCACAGGAGGAGGCUGCCAGGUCACUGCAGGAGAAACAGAAGCACUCACUCAAACCAAUGCAUGAGUCCAACCUCGCCCACUUUAAGUGGUCAAAGAUGGAGGAGCUGCUGGGGGCGAUGGAGAAAGUGAAGCAGGAGCUGGAGUCCAUGAGGGCCAAGCUGUCCUCCACCCAGCAGUCUCUGUGUGAGAAAGAGGCCCACCUCACCACUCUGCGAGCGGAGCGCAGGAAACACCUGGAGGAGGUGCUGGAGAUGAAGCAGGAGGCGCUGUUGGCCGCUAUUAGCGAGAAGGACGCCAACAUCGCCCUACUGGAGUUGUCCUCCUCCAAGAAGAAGAAGACGCAGGAUGAGGUUUCUCUGCUGAAGCGGGAGAAGGACAGACUAGUGCAACAGCUCAAACAGCAGACUCAGAACAGGAUGAAGCUGAUGGCAGACAACUAUGAAGAUGAUCACCUGAAGACCGCUCCUGACCAGACAAAUCACAAACCCUCUCCAGAUCAGAUGAUACCCCCUCUUCUAGCCCUGUCUCAGAACCGCAGCAAGCUCAAGCUCUACAUUGCCCACCUGACAGACCUCUGCCAUGACCGGGACCCCAGUAUCCUCAGCCAGCUCUCACCACCCCCUCACUAUCACUGCAGCGACCGUGAAGACUGGGAGGACGAGCUCCAGAAGAUGACAGUCCAACAGUUGGAGCGGGAGCUGGAGGUGUGUGAGAAGGAGAGUGGAGAGCUGCAGGAAUACGCCAACUCUGUUCUGCAGCAGAUCGCUGACUACUGCCCUGAUAUCCUGGAGCAGGUUGUCAAUGCCCUGGAGGAGUCGUCCUGACACAACUCAGCUGACCACUGGUCCUCGCAUAACCAGUGACGCCUCUGGAGGAGAGGAGGCAGAGGCAUUACUUCACAACGCUGAGCACGUCUUCUUUGUUCCCCUCAUCCACCCUGAAACAAGCUUUCAUGACCCGAGUGCUUUGCUGUUUCUUGUGUCUCUCUAAUGUCAGGCUUGCAAAAAAGGAACUAGGGAUGUUUACAAGUGCUUUUAAGCAUGACGCAAUGGCUGUGAAUGGUGAUCUGUUCAUUAAUGGUAGGAAAGGCCGUUUUAGGCACAAAGGAACUGAUUGACAAAGGCAGAGUGAACAGGUCACCGUUUCCCUUUGUGCAAAUGCCAAAUUCAUUGUUCCUCGUCUGAGAAUAGUUACGAAACCAUCAUUGCACACCUGUAAGUCUGGGACAAGUGCAUUGGGAAGGAGGAAAGAUGCAAACUUCUGCACAAGUUCUUGGAAUAUACUGCCAACCUUCCUCUCCCCAGGUGGCGUCAUUCACAGAGAUCAGGCACAGUUACCUCAGGCUUUUACCCCUCAGAUUCCUCUCACAAGUCCUUCACAUCACAAGGGGUAAAUGUUACAUGAGGCAGGAAAGCACUUUUCGUCCUGGAGCUUUGGGGAGCUGCUACAUCUGUAGGGGAACAGAGAGGACUGGAGGUUCGGUGGGUGAAUCAUGGUGUCAUGUAGAUGCUUGUUUGUGUAUAUAAAAUGUGUUUACUUAGUACUGAGCUUGUGUCAAAUAAUCUGGAACACACAGAAAUUGCUACUUUUUAACCAAAUAAAUGCAUCAGGUUCUCUAGAUCAGAGCUGCAGAUCUGUAAACAUAGCCCAGAUUGUGUUGUGGGUACGUGUUUGUCGUUUGUUGCUUGGUGGUGGUGGGGGGGGCUGAACUUUGAUACUGAUCUGAGUUCAGGUUAAUUAUGCUAAGUUCUUAUCCAAUGAGAGAGAGAGAGAGAAGAGCUUUAGUUCUUGGUGACUCAUUAAUUUUUAGACGGUUUUGCACACAACGCCCACAUGUUUGAGGUAUGCAAUGUUUCUUUAGAGAACGUUCCAGUGGCCUUGGUGCAUGCACAGAUCAGUACUGGACCUAAUGCAGGGAUAUUAUUAUUCCUCUAACAUUGGUGCUAAGGCAUGAUGAAAGAAUUUUCAAUCUGAUCCACUGAUCCAGAUUCAGUUACAUCCAAAGUUUCUACAGCGGUUUUCUAAAACCCACCUGAUAUUUAGUUCUUCAACGAAUCAUUGAAGGAUACAAGCAAAGCCGCCUUUUCUUGUAUUUUUCAGAUCACUUACAAAUGCAAGUGAAGCCUCCUUUUAUUAUUUUUCUAUCUGCAGGGCUGCGGUUUUUAAUUACUAAGUGCAUCUACAUUUACAGGAAUCGAAAGUCACUUUUCAGCAGAUUUUGACUUUUUAGAUGAGUUUGUAAAUAACAUAGUUAACAUAUUCAGUGACUGAAUAAAGAUAAAUAAGUGGAAGGUGUUGUGCAUUCUUUAAAAAAAAAAUAAUCUGAAAAGUUAAAAGCAGUGCAGUUGUCUUGUCUAAUUUUGUCUUCAGGACAAAGCGUGUGUAUGUGACAGUACUGCCAUAACUUACAGAAAGUCUUGUUCUAUAGAGUUAUAUAUAUGAAUAUAAUACAUAUAUAAAAUGUUUACUGUACGGAUAUGCAUUGAAUGUUUGCACAGUCUGAAAGAGCAAGGUGCUCUAAACAAAAUGACCGUUGAGUUAUUGUCCUCAGCAGAAAGUGUCAAAAAAACUUUGUCAAAAUAAAGUGUAAAAUACAGAUGUUUUCAAAUGUGACUGUGAUGAGAGAGUAAUUUUCUUGCAUUUAUUUCUAAUCGUAAUCUUUUAUAUAUUUUCACCACAUGGUGAUGUAAAUGUUUUAUCCAACAAUUUCAGUGUUGUUGUCUUAACUGUUGUAGAUGUCGAAGGCAGAGUGAGACUGACUGGUCUCCAAACAUUACGGCCCUGCUGCUGCUAGAAAAACAUAAUGCAACAGAACAAACGUGCAUCAGUGUGUGUCUAGAAGCCGUUUUCUAACAUGCUAAGUGUGGUAAACAUAUUCAGGCAUGGGGAUUUCAAAAGUCACACUGAAAUCAGGAGGACGCUAGUUGGUUGCUUGAUAUAUUGGAAUUCUUUUUUUCCAUUACUUUGAUAAUCCCUAAAGAUUUUUUUGUUUGUUUUUAACUAUAGCCCAUGUGUCCCUUGCCUUAAUGUCUCAUUUCCUUUUCUAGACUCCUUACUUAGGAGCACAAAGUGGAUUAAGAGGCUUCUUACAGUUUUUUUUUUUCCUUUCAUUUGAAUAAUGUACUGCCUUUUGUCUGUCCAUGUUAAACUGUUAUAAACGAAAGCAAAACACGUUUGUGAGUUAUUUGGAUUUUGUAUGUAAAUAAAUAAAUUAUAAGCCUUG